CUGACGUCACUUCCGCCUCGGCCCUGCUCCUUUCGAUUCCCGGGGUUGCUUUCUCUUUCUGGAUGUCACUUCCGGAUCAGACCAAAACAAGAUUCCAGGAAGGAGGAAGCGGGAGGAGACGGAGGCAUUGGAAGGCUGGCGUCGGAAGGAAAGGACCUAGAUGAAUGAGUGCGGGCCAUCAUGAUGGGGGAUGACUCUUCUCUUGGCAGAGAUGGCCCCCUUCACCUGCCAGCUGAGCUGGCUGGACAUGAAGCGGUGCAGCAUGUCCUGGCUGAGAACAGAGACCUCAAAGAAGCCAUCCGACGAAGUAACCAUAUGCUGCGGGAGCGUUACCGAGAGUUCCUGCAAUUCCAGGCUUCCCACAAGCAGGAGAAGGAAUUCCUCUUUUGCAAGUUCCAAGAGGCUCGGCUGCUGGUGGAAAAUUUGCAAUUAGAACGGACAGGACUGAAAAAGAAGCUGGAGAAAACCGCCCAAGAGCUGGAACAACUGAAGAGGCAACUGGCAGCUUCUCAUCCAUGUCCUUCAGAGAAAGAGGCCUCUGGAGCACAAGAGGACCAAGACACUGUAACCCUUACUCAAGAAGAGAACAUAUUUGCAGUGGUCCCUGAAUCGACACAGCAAAACAGGGGGCAGCUGGAGGAAGAGCUAAAGGUACUCCAGGAUGCCAACCAGGCUUUGCAGAAAGAGAAGCUGGCCUUGCAAGCUGAGAUCUGUGCGUUACAACAAGCCACAAAAACCACAUUGCCUGUAGAAGUACGUGGAAUAAAGCUUAAAGAGAACGGGCUUCAAGCAGAACGGCCCCUGGAGCUGGAAUCCCUGCAGGGAUCAGGGGACAGAAAAAGUUCUGAUGGGGACCAAGCUGAGCAGCUGUCCAAGAAGCUGAAGGAAGCAGAAGAUGAGAAUGUAUCACUUCAUCAACAGUUGGCAUUAGCUCAGGCGGAGUUGGCCCGUAUGGCAUCUCAAGAACAGGAGACCCAGCAGCAGCUGCAAACAUUAAACAAGCAGUUGGAGCAAUUUGGGGAGGACAGGGCCUCAGUAAAGGCCCAGGUGACCUCCCUCCUGGGGGAGCUGCUAGAAAGCCAAACCCGCUUGGAAACAUCCACGAAGGAAAAAAAAGAGCUAGAGGAGAGGAUCCGUGGAACUGCUGAACAACUCCAUCAGUUUGAAAGGGAGGCCGAUGCCCGCACCAAACAGCACAGUGUGCAGGUGGAUCAGUUGCGGCUGCAGGUGCAAAACCUAGAAAGUGCCCUGCGAGUGGAACGGCAGAGUGCCUCAGACGAAAAGAGAAAACUAGCCCAGUUGCAAGUGGCCUAUCACGAGCUCUUCCGGGAAUAUGAUUCUCAUAUCAAAACCAGCCUGGAAAGUGAGAAACGGAGCAAGGGCUUGGAUCUGCAAGUCGCUGAACUGUCUCAACAACUUCAAGAGGCUGAAGAGGCUCUGGUAGCCAAGCAGGAGCUGAUUGACAAGCUGAAAGAGGAGGCUGAACAACACAAAGCCAUCAUGGAAACGGUUCCUGUUCUCAAAGCACAAGCUGAUAUUUAUAAGACGGACUUCCUGGCUGAGCGUCAGGCUCGUGAAAAACUACAUGAACAGCGAGAGGCCCUGCUGGAGCAGCUUGCCCAAUUGCAAAGAGAUUAUGAGAAACUGAAAGCAGACUCUGAGGGGGCCAGCCGGGCUCUUAUGGAAGAGAUGAGGAAUCGCCAUUCCGAUGUGCGUCCACCUCCUCCAUUGCCAGAUUACCAGAUGGGAUGGAACGGACCAGGAAUGUUGAUGGCAGGUCCAAGACAAAGCUUUGCUGAAGAGCAGCCUAACUACUGUUGUCCUAAAUGCCAGUACAGAGCUCCAGACAUGGACACACUACAAAUCCAUGUCAUGGACUGCAUUCAGUGAUGAAGGAGGACAAGUACCAGUCUAUGAUGUGCUUUUGCUGCAUUGCCUUAAGCAGGACCAGCAGUUCAGCUACUGACAGUUGAUCCCAAAGGAAAGACCAUGGAUUGUUUGCUCCUGCUCAUGUAUGCUAUUAAUUUUUCAUCCUAUGAGAA